AUGGCAGAAUUGGUAUUACCUCCACUUCUGCAGGUGAUCUUUGAAAAGCUGGCUUCUCCUCUGCUUCAAACACUUGGUCAAAAAUGUGGCCUUAUGAGGAUAGAACAGAUCCUCCCCAUGAUCCAAGCUGUUGUCGAAAAUGCUGAAAGGCGACAAGUUACCGACAAAGUUGUUAGAAUAUGGAUUUCGCAGCUCAAAGAUACAGUUGACCAAGCAGUUGACUUUCUUGAAGACUUCACAAACAAAGCACACCCCUAUCUGCUACUGGAAGAAAAAUACGACAUGCCUAAGAAAUGGUUGUCACUCAGAUCCAUAUCUGCAAGCACAGAGAAAGUCAGAAAGGUUCUACAAGUUUUAGAGACGGCAAAGUUACAGAACCUGAAUCUGAAAGAAGCUGUUCAUGGUGCUAACGUGGUUUUGGAUGAAGAACCGGCUACUGGAUCUUUUGUUGUUGAAUCUGAAGUAUUUGGAAGGGGCAAGGAUAAGGAAAGGAUUGUAGAGUUGCUAUUAAAUGUUGAUGUGGAAGGAAACCUUCCUUCCAGCAGUUUCUAUAGUUGGCAUUGGAGGCAUGGAUCAGAGAUGGAUGUAAUCCAGUCCAAGUUUUGGCAUAUCUUACACAAUAAGAGGUUUCUUAUUGUAUUUGAUGAUGUUUGGAAUGAGGAUGAAGAAAAGUGGGAUAAACUAAGGCCGUUGUUCCAAGGUGGUGCGAAUGGAAGCAAGAUUCUUGUGACCACACGCAGUGAGAAAGUAGCUAUGAUUAUUGAUCCAAACCAGCUGCCUGAAUCCCUGGGUGAUCUUCGGUGUUUAAAGUAUCUUGACCAGUCUUAUUCGGGUAUCAAGUGUUUACCCAUUCGUAUCAACCUCCUGCGCUCGUUGCUGACUAUCAUCAACCUAUCGGGCUGCUACAAUCUCUACCUGUUGCCUGAAUUGCAUAAUAUGAAAAAUCUGAGGCACUUAAACAUAUCAGGAUGUGAUAGACUGGCUCAUAUGCCUAAUGGAAUUGAGGAGUUACUUCAACUUCAGACGUUACCGAUGUACAUAGUGUCUCGUUUGAAUAACCUGGGGGUACUAGGUCCUCUAAACCUUAGAGGAGAGCUAAAAAUCAAACAUUUGGAGAAUGUACAUACGACAGAAGAAGCAAAGGAAGCCAACAUAUGGAAGAAAAGGCAUCUCACAUCAUUAGGUUUGUGUUGGGGUAAUGCUGACAGUAAUCUCAUUAUGAAUCCUACUUCAAAAGGCAGUCUCUCCUGGUUGCAUAUGGGAAAGAAAGAUGUCGAGCCCCAACCUUCAGAACCAAACUCAAUAAGGGCCAUGGAUGGUAAGCUAGCUGAAGAGGUUCUUUCCUGCCUCAAACCACACGAAAACGUCAAGAGUCUGCAUGUGUUAGGCUACCCAGGAUUUGCAUUUCCUAGGACAUUUUCUAAAUGGUUGCUUGCGAAGUUGUCUACUAUUGAGCUGAUAAACUGCGGAGAGAUUUUGUGCCUGCCUGCCUACAUUAGGUCAUCUUCUCGUUUGAAGACACUCAGAAUGGAAGGAAUGAAUAAGGUUGAAAAAAUUGGCCUAGAGUUUUAUGGUGAAAAUAGCAUUGUGGCAUUCCCAUCAUUACAAGAGUUGCAGCUCAAAGAUUUCCCAGUUCUGGAAGGCUGGUGUGGUAUCGACGACGACAACAGAAGUAUAUUUCCAUUAUUGAGAAAGUUGUCCAUAAAGAGUUGUCCGAACAUGAGUCAGGCACCCAUAUUCUUGUCACUUCAACACUUGUCGCUGCACAGUUGCAGCCCAAGAAUACUAGACCCCGCCAGCAAGUCAACUUCACUCUUGACACUUGUAAUUCAAGACUUUGCUGAGUUAUUAUCUUUACCGGAAAAAUUGUUUGAAAAUAAUUCUCUUCUUGCUUCCAUCGAUAUCAUAUCCUGCCCAAAUCUUCAAUCCCUACCUAUGGAGUUCCAAAACCUAAAUUCUCUCCAAGCAUUGACCAUUCGUUGGUGUCAGCGUUUAUCUUAUUUGCCAAAAGGUUUCCAUAAACUUACCGCUUUGAAGUCAUUAGAGAUCACUGAAUGCCACAGCAUUAGUACAUUGGGCGAGGAGAUUGGAGGUUUGAAAUCUCUUAAAACAUUGUCCAUUGAGAACUGCAGCAGCUUGGGUUUCAUAUCCUUGGGGCUGCAGCAUCUCACUUCCCUGGAGCACUUGACCAUUAUGUACUGCUCCAAUCUAGCCUCUCUGCCUGAUGGGUUCCAGAAUCUUAAUGCACUCAAACGGUUGACUCUCAUAAAUUGCCCCGAGCUGCAACUUCUACCGGAGAGUCUCAAAUUUGCCAACCAACUGCAGAGUUUACAACUCCACAGUUGUUCUAAGCUGGGUAGUUUGCCAGAGUGGUUUGAUAACUUUUAG